AUGAUAUUGAUUGGACGAUUUUCGAAAUUUGAACAGAUUCGACUUCUUUCGUCGACAGGCUUUUAUUUCACAUACAAUGGUAAAGGUCUUUUGGGAACUGAAUUUGAAAAACCACAGCCAGUACGUUUUGCAUACGACGACUCGGAUUCUGAGUUUGAAGAUCUAGAAUCUGAUAAAAAAAUUGCAGCCCUUGAUCCGCCAAUUAUACGCAUAUCCAACUUUAAAAAAACGUUAAAACUCAGUGUUAAUCUCGUAUUGAUUGGAAUUCACGGUGGAGGAAAUUUAUUCCUGGAAUCAAUUACCAAUAAAAAAAAGCUGAUCGGAACUAUCUUGUUACCCGAAGUUGAAUUGGUACCAACUUUUGAAACACAAAACACCUUGAACCAAGAAACCCAUCCAAAUCAAGGAUGUUUUAUUUAUGAACUUGAGUCCAACCCUCGGACUUUAAUAAUUCCUUGCAAUUAUAAGACUAAGGACGAGAGAUGCUUUACCUGGGUCAAAUCCUUAUUUGAACACAUAGACCCAGAAAGAGUCUUCAUAUUCGACACCUUUAAGUCUUCUUUGUAUAUAGCUGGUGAAAACUAUAGAGAAAACCGGUCAUAUCCUCCUUUCUGUCGCCUAUUGCAAUCGAGCGUUGCACCAAAAUUGGAUCAUUCGAUUCCUAAAUAUGAGCCGCCAAACUUAGUUUGUAAUCUGUCAGCUGCGUUGUUGAGUCACUGUGAAAUACACAAAAUUCCAGCCUAUUUGUUAUUGAGCUUACAAGAUACAUUUUUUGGUAAGACCGAAUCAACUUCAGAAACGUUACAAGGGUUUCAGGAAGCUUUAGAAAAUUUACAAUCAAGUGAAUUAGGACUCGAUUUUAAUUUUGACGCCAUGUUUAAUCAAAAUUUGAAGAGAAUUCAAAAGAAUCUUUAUAUUUAA